CCCUGACGGACAACCAAACAGUCCUAUAAUACAAGGCUAAUUUGCGCAGGAGCCCCGCCCACUGUCAGUUCAUCCUCCUGUUGAUUGACUCCAGCAGAUGUGAGGAUUGCGCCGUUGAGCGAGGAAGAGACGCUACCGCAGGCAUGCCACUGGCGCGCAGUUUGUCGGUCACCUCCCUGUCCGGCCUGGAUGAAUGGGAUGAAGAGUUCGAUCGGGAGGAUGCAGUCCUGUUUGAGAUCGCAUGGGAGGUCGCUAAUAAAGUUGGUGGCAUUUACACAGUGAUCCAGACCAAGGCGCGUCUGACCUGCGAGGAAUGGGGUGAGAACUACUUUCUGGUGGGCCCGUAUAUGGAGUCCAGUGUCAGGACGCAAGUGGAGCUGAUCGAACCCUGCAAUGCGGCACUCAGGAGAACCAUUGAUAAAAUGAACAGCAGUGGGUGCAAGGUAUAUUUUGGUCGAUGGCUGAUUGAAGGCUCUCCAUAUGUGAUUCUGCUAGAUGUGGGCUUCACGGCUUGGUCUCUGGACCGCUGGAAGACUGAACUCUGGGAGAAUUGCAGUAUUGGUGUGCCCUGGUUCGAUAGAGAGGCUAACGACGCCAUUCUCUUUGGCUUCCUCACUGCAUGGCUACUGGGAGAGUUUGCAGCUCAGUGUGACGAACCUCCUCACAUCGUAGCUCAUUUUCACGAGUGGCUGGCAGGUUUGGGGCUCGUCUUAUGCAGGCAGCGUCAGUUACCUGUAGCAACCAUCUUCACCACACAUGCCACACUGCUUGGCCGAUACCUGUGUGCUGGGAAUGUUGACUUCUACAACAACCUUGCUAAGUUUAAUGUGGAUAAAGAGGCAGGUGACCGGCAGAUCUAUCACCGGUACUGUCUGGAGCGCGCAGCAGUGCGCUGUGCACACGUCUUCACCACCGUCUCUCAGAUCACCGCCAUUGAGGCCGAGCACUUACUAAAGCGGAAACCAGAUAUUGUGACUCCGAACGGCCUGAAUGUGAAGAAGUUCUCAGCCAUGCACGAGUUCCAGAACCUCCACGCUCAGAGUAAAGCGCGCAUCCAGGAGUUUGUCAGAGGCCAUUUCUACGGGCAUUUAGAUUUUAACCUUGACAAGACAGUGUUUCUCUUCAUUGCUGGACGCUAUGAAUUCUCAAAUAAAGGGGCUGAUAUCUUUCUUGAGGCAUUGGCCAGACUUAAUUACCUGCUGAGGGUGAAUCACAGCGAUGUGACCGUAAUAGCAUUCUUCAUCAUGCCUGCUCGUACCAACAACUUCAACGUGGAGACCCUGAAGGGCCAAGCCGUACGGAAACAGCUCUGGGACACUGCUCAUACUGUGAAGGAGCGCUUUGGGAAGAGACUCUACGAAUCACUUUUAGUAGGGCAGCUGCCUGAUGUGUCUAAGAUGUUAGAUAAAGAGGACUUAACCAUGAUGAAACGUGCCAUCUUCGCCACCCAGCGCCAGUGCCUGCCCCCCGUCUGCAGUCACAACAUGCUGGAGGAUAGCAGUGACCCCAUCCUCAACUGCAUCCGCCGUAUCGGCCUCUUCAAUACCGCUCAGGACAGAAUCAAGGUGGUCUUCCAUCCAGAGUUUCUCUCCUCCACUUCUCCUCUCCUGCCGAUGGACUACGAGGAGUUUGUGAGAGGCUGCCAUCUUGGAGUAUUUCCAUCCUACUAUGAGCCCUGGGGAUACACACCAGCCGAGUGUACAGUAUUGGGUAUCCCUUCGGUCUCGACUAACCUGUCUGGGUUUGGCUGUUUCAUGGAGGAGCACAUUGCUGACCCGUCAGCUUAUGGUAUCUAUAUUCUGGAUCGGCGGUACCGUGGGGUGGAUGAGUCCUGCAAUCAGCUGACAUCUUUCCUGUUUCAGUUCUGUCAGCAGAGCCGCAGACAGAGGAUCAUUCAGAGGAACCGAACAGAGCGCCUCAGUGACCUGCUAGAUUGGAGAUAUUUGGGCAGGUAUUACGUAUCUGCCCGUCAUAUGGCUUUAGCGAAAGCUUUCCCGGACACAUUCAUCUAUGAGCCUCAAGAACCCACUUCGGCCACAGGCUUCCGUUACCCACGGCCCGCCUCAGUGCCCCCGUCUCCCGCCCACUCGCUUCACUCGUCUCCUCAUCACAGUGAGGGUGAGGAAGAAGAGGAACCAUAUGAUGAAGAUCUGGAGGCAGAGAAAGACCGGGUCAAUAUCCGCCAACCUUUAAACAUGCCGAACCGGAACAAGAAUCAGACGGUUGAUCUUCCUGAGAAAAACUAAAACACCCAUACAUGCAUACCUACACACUCUGUAACUUAUACUAUAAGGCACUUAUAUACACUGUGUGACACACACACACACACACACACAACAAUCCCAUAAAAGUGAAAGUAAAGCCUGCAAACAGUAUGUCUGUCUGCAUGUUGGUAUUCUGAAGAGAAAUAAAUAAGAUAUUUCAGUAUUUGGUGAGCCAUAUGUGAUUCUAAGACUUUCUGUUGAAAGAUUUCUCUGGUGUCUUUCAUAGGAAGCCUAGUAAAAAAAAACAA